AUGGGAUGUGGUUGUGUUACUUCAGCUGCUGAAAAUCCAAAUAGAAUAUCGAAAGUAGAUGAAUUCAACAUUACAGCAAAUGACCUGGUAGUAAAAAAGUUGGGAAAAAUAAAUAAAGAUUAUGAAAUAAUUAGACCUUCAAUAGGAAAGGGUAGUUUCGGGAAGGUUUACAAGGUUAUACAUAAAGUGUCUGAAGUUUAAAGAGCCGUUAAAGUGAUCAGAGCAACCUAAUUUGAUUAAGACAAAAUUGCUCAAGAAGUGUUAAUUUUAAAAAAAAUGGAUCAUCCAAAUAUCUUAAAGGUUUAUGAAUUUUAUCAAGAGGGAAACUAUAUAUCAAUAGUUACUGAAUUGUGUACUGGGGGAGAAUUAUUUGAUAAAUUAUCCAAAGGUUAGAGUUUUAGUGAAGACAUGGCAGCCAUUACAAUGAGACAAAUACUAUCUGCAGUGAAUUAUUGCCAUUCAAAUAACAUAGUUCAUCGAGACUUAAAGCCUGAAAACCUAUUAUAUGAGAGCAAGGAUAAAAAUGCGCUUCUUAAAUUAGUCGACUUUGGUACUAGCAGUGUUAUUCAACAAAAAAUGAAAUAAAAGCUAGGAACUCCAUACUACAUAGCCCCAGAAGUUUUGAAUGAAAGUUAUAAUGAAAAAUGUGAUGUUUGGUCUUGUGGUGUAAUUCUUUAUAUUUUACUUUGUGGAUAUCCGCCAUUUUAAGGAGGCACUGAAGAAAUGAUUAUGGUAAAAGUUAAGGAGGGCAAAUACAAUCUUGAAACUGAAGAUUGGCAAUGCGUUUCUGAAGAGGCCAAGAAUCUUAUUACUAAAAUGCUCAGAAAAGAUCCUUAAUAGAGAAUUAGUGCUAACGAAGCUCUUAAUCAUCCAUGGAUCUAAAAGUUCACUUCAGUUGUUGAUGUUUCAAAUUUAAAUAAGGUUCUAAACAAUAUUCGAACAUUUCAAGCUGUUUGUAAGUUACAGGAAGCCACCUGGAUAUUUAUGGUGAAUAACCUGGCCACUUCUGAUGAAAAAGCUUCAAUUAUGAAGGCAUUUUAAGCCUUGGAUUUAAAUCAUGAUGGAUUGCUGAGCAAAGAAGAAUUGAUCAUUGGAUUUUCUUAGAUAAUGACUGAAGUAGAGGCUGAAAAAGAAGUUUCAAGAAUAAUGAGGCUAAUCGACAAAAACAAUAGUUAACUUAUUGAUUAUACAGAAUUUCUUAUGGCGAGCACAAGCAGAACUGAAUUUCUAGAUGAGGAAAGAAUUGAAAAAGCGUUUCAAAUGUUUGAUCUUGAUAAAAGUGGGGGCAUCUCAUAAGAAGAAAUAUGUGAGGUCUUAGGUGGAGGAACACAGUAUGAUAAAAAGGUUUGGUCAGAUCUAAUCAAGGAUGUCGAUAUCAAUGGAGAUGGAGAAAUUUAGUUAGAUGAAUUUAGAUAAAUGAUGUUGUCAAUGAUUACAAAGGAAUGA